AUGUCGCUUCAAUACCACAUCACCAGUUGUUUAAAGCAGCUGGAGACUAGCUUGUCUCUUACUUCAAGCGUUGUGACUCGACCUUCAACACAUGCUAGAUGCUUUAGCAGCUGCAGAGUUAGCUCUCUUUGCCAGAUUCCCAGACACAGAUCAUUACAUACACGCUCAAGGGUUUCAUCUGGCAACUCAGCUAGUAUCAACAGAUCUAAAGGCCUGUCUAUAAGCAGCAGAAAGCCUUUCACCACCGUCUCCUCUUCAGCAAUGGAGCCCACUAUUCACAGCGAGUUUGAGCCCGAUACAGGCACAUGGCAAUACAUUGUGGCUGAUUCGUCAACAAUGACGGCCGCAAUUAUUGACCCUGUCCUGGAUUUUGAUCGCACAAGCCAAAGCCUUACCACGCACACCGCUGAUGCAUUGCUUGCACUGGUUAAGGAGAAAGGUUACAAAGUUGAUUGGGUUUUGGAAACCCACGUGCAUGCGGACCAUCUGACGGCGGCUUCCUAUCUUCAGAAGCGUCUUGCUGAGCAACAGGGAUAUAAGCCAUCUAUUGCGAUUGGCAAGCGAAUUGGACAGGUCCAAAGAUUCUUUGGCAAGAGAUAUGGAGUUCCGGAGGAGCAGUAUGAAGUUGUGUUUGACCAUCUCUUAGAAGAUGAUGAGCAGUUUGUGAUUGGCAGUAUUCAAGCCACGGCCAUGCAUCUCCCUGGCCAUACACCCGAUCACAUGGGCUACAAAGUUGGAGAUAACGUCUUCUGUGGCGAUUCUGUCUUUCAUGCCGAUAUUGGCUCCGCGCGUUGUGACUUCCCAGGUGGCAGCUCUGAAAGCCUUUACUCGUCAGGCCGUAAGCUGCUCAGCUUACCAGAUAAUGUCAAGAUCUGGACUGGCCACGAUUAUCCCCCCAAGGACGGCCGCUCUCCACAAGCAUACAUGACUGUGCAUGACCACAGGGAGCAAAACAAGCAUCUCAAGGACGGUAUCACGGCUGAGGAGUUUGUCGCUAUGCGGAAUGAACGUGAUGCAGGCUUGUCAGCGCCGAGGAUGCUUCAUCAGUCGCUUCAGAUCAAUAUCCGCGGGGGGCGACUGCCAUCACCGACCCCGGACGGCCACAGAAUGCUACGCUUACCAUUAGACAUAAAAGCUGCAGAAUGGUAG